AUGGAGAAGAAGCGACGCGCACGCAUUAACGUGUCGCUGGAGCAGCUGAAGUCGCUGCUGGAGAAACACUACUCGCAUCAGAUCCGGAAGCGCAAGUUGGAGAAGGCUGACAUCCUGGAGCUGAGCGUCAAGUACAUGAAAAGCCUUCAGAACUCCUUGCAAGGGCUCUGGCAGGUGCCCAGCGGAGCCGAGUAUCCAUUGGGCUUCCGCAGCUGCCUGCCCGGCAUGAGCCAGCUCCUUCGGCGCGGAGAAGAGGGCGGCGGCCCGCGCUGCCCUCUGGUGCCGCAGCGCGCGGGUGGCAGCACCACGGACAGCGCCAGCCCCGGCCUGGAGGCGCCCGCGCUGUGCGGCCCCUGCGCCUCCGCUGUCUGGGCUCCUGCUCCGGCCACCGGCGGCCCGCGGUCCCAACCACCCCGGCUCCUCUUCCCCGGAGGUCUCCCCAACUCGCCCGCCAGCGUCGCAGCGCCGCCGCCAGCGUCGCGCCGCCGCGCCGAGAGCCCGGGGCCAGGACUGCGCGUGUGGCGGCCGUGGUGA